AUGGCAACGAAGCUUUAUGUUGUAGAUAAAUUACCGAACCCGUUCAGAGGUGCUAUUUAUUCAAAAAAUAAAGCUCAUUUUUAUUCCGCUAUAGCAAUUCAGAUUCCUUAUCCAAAUUUAUCUAAAGUGAAGAUUUUUUAUGAGUGCGAAAAUGAUACUCUUACUGUCAAAAGGAUGAACAUCUGA